AGUGUCUCGUUUCCAUCGUGCAUGGAGAAUCCCUCGAAGCGAUCGGGCAAAUACAUCAUGCAGCCUACCGUGAACGAUGAACCGUUUCUGGGAUAUUGUGAGCAGACGGCCUACGGAGGAGGUUGGCUUGUGUUCCAGUACCGUUACGACGGAUCGGUGGACUUUUACCGCAACUGGACCGAGUAUCGGGACGGGUUCGGCAGCGUGGAUGGUGAGUUUUGGCUCGGGCUGGAGCAUUUGCAUCGGAUGACCUCGACCCGGAAGCACGAGCUGCUGGUGGAGCUGAAGGACUUCGAAGGAAACUUCAAGUACGCACGGUACGAUGAGUUCGAGAUCGGCAGUGAGGAGGAGCAUUAUCCGCUGGCGAAGCUCGGAUCGUACACAGGAUCGGCAGGGGAUUCAUUGCACAGACACAAGGGCAUGCAGUUUACUACCAAGGAUCAGGACAACGAUACCUGGUAUAACGGAAACUGUGCUCGUCAUUAUCAGGGUGCCUGGUGGUAUUGGGACAGUCAUACUUCAAAUCUGAACGGCAUUUAUAAAAAUAGUAUAAAAGCACAAAAUAUUGUUUGGGAUUCCUUCAACCAGGUUAACGAAGGUUUGGCAUACUCUCGUAUGUUGAUUCGUGCAAAGUAACGCAAAAUGAAAGUAACGCCACGAAGUCAGAGCGUUUAAGUUGCUGGAUUGUAAAUUUGCCAUUGGUUGUAAUAAGUGUACCAGACUGUGCACCUUUAUUCAUCGUCUAAUAAAGAAGACAAAUGAACAUCGA